AUAUCAUACAUUAAUUUAUUCUGUAAUUUGUUUCUUCAGUCAUGGCUGAAAUGGCGGACACCCACAUUGUAGAAAUCCCAGUAGAUGAAGAGCAUCAACAGAAGCUCUCAUGUGCUUUGGCCACCAUCACUGCAAUCCAAAACCAUCCAUUAAUGGAGAUCUCCCGGAGUCCGGGCCAUCUCUUGCUUCUCAAGUUAUGGCAAAGAGAUGAAGACCUUUUCGGUCGUAAAAUCGCCCUCAAGGAAUCCAGGCUCGACUCCAUCAAGAGAGAGAUCUUCCAAUUGUGUUGUUUCUUUGUCAUCUUCCAUGGGAUUUUCUUCAACAUCUUGUUCACGUCUUCCGUCGGUGCGGAAGAGCACCAUCGCACUUGUGGGAAAUGGUGGGUGCCAUCUAUUGUUUCGCUCUCGACUUCACUCGUGUUUGUGUUUUUGGUCCAGGUCAAGCUUUGCAGGUAUUGGAAAGUGGGGAAGCAGUUGCAGAGGGAGCGGAACGAUAACCGGGCACUCACGAGGUGUAUUCAGGAGCUGAGGAUGAAAGGGGAAAACUUCGAUUUGUCGAAAGAGCCUCACAUUGGGAAGAGGAUGAAGAGCUCGAGCGUUGAGAUUAAAUGGAAGCCUAUAACAUGGUGCUCUCAGUACCUGAUCACUAUUGCACUUGUUUGCUUCUCGGGCUUGGCCUUGCCGGUCUGCAAAUUCAUGCUCUGUGGAAUCUGAUACGACUGGUGACAAUGCUUCGAAUGUCGAAGAGGCCUUCAUUGGAUGGGUGGUAACGGAGGAAUCCCGCUUGACGUUUUCAUUGGGGAUGAAGCAUCGUGGUCCGAUAAUGAUUUAUUUAAACCUGCUCGGAGCUAUGAACUCCAUUACUAGCAGCAAAGAAGAAAUA